AUGCCGCUGCCUGUGGGAUUAUCAGAAUCAUCGCUCUCAGCACUAUAGACAUUAAUAACAGAGGCAGAAGCAGUAUCAGCAAAAGAAUCAAUCCAGCUGUAAAGUAGUUGUACCAACAGCAGCACCACAAUGACAUCUUUAGGCAUCAACAGCUUUAUGGCUCCUCUAGUCAACACCAUCACUACUAGGGCCCCUAUGCUCAACACCAUCACCACUAGGGCCCCUAUGGUCAGCAACACCACCACUAGGGCCCCUGUGGUCAGCAACACCACCACUAGAGCCCCUAUGGUCAGCAACACCACCACUAGGGCCCCCAGCUCGAUAUUCAACGACCCACGGUACGUGAUAGCCGCAGAAGUGGCCACAGGAAUACUUUUAACAUCAUUUGUCCUCAUCGUCUCUGACACCAUCGGCAGGAGGAGGAGGGACACCAACGACCUCAACGACGGGGAUAUCGGCUUCCUUCGCCAGGCACUCUAUAAGGUGGUAACUAACCUGGACGACUCUGGGUGCGCGGCCCUCGCCCUCUGCCACGCCACCAGCCUCCCGCCAGAGGCCAGGACCACCGACCACAACACUGUCAUCGCCGCCCUCAGGUACCUUGUCAAACUACUUGUGCUUUAG